AUGCAAUCGUUUGGAUGCCUUCGAGACUAUUUCAUGGAUAUGUUCAUCCCAUUUCAGGUUGUUUUGGAUCGUAAGUCCCAGUACUUUAUGUGAACGCACUGUCUCAAUUGGGUGUCCAUCGAUUAACAGAGGCAUUAAUUGGGGGGUUUCUCCAAGGAAACUAACACGAAGCUCUUGGCAUUUUUUGAUAUUAAGUUUCAUCCAAUUAUCGGAAGCCCACAACUGAACUGAAUUAAGGGUUGUUUGAGUGAUAGAGGUGCAAUUUCUGCUAAGACUCUCAGAGGUUGAAACGUCGUCUACGUAUUUCCACAUUCUAGUGUCGGGAGAAGUGAUUCGCAGGUUAUUGACCAUUACUAGGAACAAGAUUGGACCUAGUUUUGUCCCCUGAGGAACACCUGCAUUCACUGGAAGCCAGUCGGAGGUUGCUACGUCAAAUUUAACACGCUGCCUUCGAUUUGAGAGGAAGUUGAUGAUCCAAGGGAUUAAUGAGCGUCUAGCACCCAAAUUUAUCAGUUUCUCAAUUAAUAGAUUAUAACCUAUGCGGUCGAAGGCCUUGGAGAAGUCUAGAAAACAAAUACGCAGAUGAUUACCGAGUCCGUCAAGGUGGGAAAGCCAAGUAUGUAACAUAUCCAGAAGGCAAAAAGUGGUGGAUGUCCCUGUCAGGCAACCAAAUUGGCUGGGGUCGAUUUUUUCUUUUACAUCCUCAAUCACCCAAGAUACUACGAAAUCCUCUAAAACUUUAGACAAGCACGAUGUUAGUGAUAUAGGUCUAGUGUCGGCUUCAGCAAUCGGUUUACAUGUUUUAGGGAUUGGGACUAUGUUCGAUUCCUUCCAACUACUCGGCACAACUCCUGAAGCAAGGGAUGUAUUAAAAAUAAUGGUGAUCGGCUCAGCUAGCAAGUGAGCAUACUCCUUUAAAAUUCGAGGUGAAAUAUUGUCAGGUCCGGGGGCUUUAAAAGAAUGGACAGUUUGGAGUUUCUUACAGACUUGGUAACAUUCAACUGCAGGUACGCUUUCAUUUGAUGGUAAAAACGGUGGUAAUAAGUUCACAUCUAAUGGCGGAAUAUCAGCGUUAACGGAAGUAUAAAAUUCGUUAAGGGCAUUGGAAGCUUGUAAAUUGUUUAAGAUUUCACCAUCGCGUUCUAAUGUGAAAGGCUUUGUUGUUUCCGGUUUGCCAGACAUUUUGUUAAUGAUUUUCCACCACUUACGACUAUCACUGUUUUUUAAAUGCUGAACUUUGUUUUUAUAAAAUGAUUUCUUUCUUUGUUUAAUCUCCUCUUGGACUUUAUAUCUUAAAGAUUUCCAUAGGGGGAUAUUAUGGUUAUGGAAUGCUUUCUGUCGGUCUUUAAUCAGUUUUUUAAUACUGGGGUUAUCCAAGGUUUAUCGGUUUGAUGCCACUUCACAGUUAUAGGAGGGAAUAUACGAUUAAUGGCUUCUGUAAGGUGCGAUGAGAAUGAUGAUGUUAAAUCGUCUACCGUUUGAUUAGUCCCUAACUCGCCAAACCAGACAUGUGUAGCGAUCCAUCUCCCCAAAGCUUCAACCCCAGACCUUGGAUAGCGCCGGAUGCGACGUUUGACAGAUUUCGUACGUUCUUGAGAAUUGGUAUUCUCUAGACUGGGUGACCAUGUUACAAUGUUAUGGUCUGAGGACCCUAAGGGCGCUAAAACUUGGGGAGGUUUAUACAGGUUUGGUUGGUUCGUAAUUAUCAGAUCCAAAAUGGCUGUUCCUCUUGUAGGGACUUUGACAACUUGCUUCAGGUUAUGGCUUGAUAAUAUAUUCGAUAUAUCGAAAUCGUUAAAAUCACCAAGAAGGACUAGACCACAGUUGGGAUGUUGGUUGCGUAAUGAAUCUAUUGUUAAAACUAAGUAUUCAUUAAGUAGGCGGUGGUUUUCUACAGGUAAACCAGGGGGGUGAUAGACUAUGCACACUGCAAUACCAGUGAGCGGUCUGGGAAGGCGGGUAGGGCGAAGCCACAGCCACAAAAAUUCUAAAUUUUCAUGUUCCAGGUCCAACUUACGUUUGGCAUAGGUGCCCUGUGGUAGAUAAACACAAAUUCCUCCUCCACGACGGCUAGAACGGUCUUUACGAAAAAUGUUAUAUCCGUUUAUCGAAACGAGUCCAUCCUCGAUGUCACUGUUCAACCACGAUUCAGUGACCGCCACUACACUGGGUUGGCGACAACUUAAAAACAGGGUGAGUUCAUCUAUUUUUGGAAGCAGCGAUCUGGCAUUAAUACAGCAGAAAUUAGGUAAAUGUGACUUUGAGGACUUUGUAAUACAGGCAUUAGGUUUGUGUAUGACAAUGUUUUUCAGAUUUAGUAUGUUAGAGCCACAAGGUCUAUGGCGAUUUUGGUAAUUCCGUGCAGUAAUUCGUGUAGGAAUAGUUGUUACAUUUCCUACCUCUUGCACAGUUGGUGUACAAAGUCCAAAUGGCUCAGCCAUUCGAGGGAUUGGUGGCGAUGGCCCGUUCGAUAGGGUGGUGGUUUCAUUCGAUGGCGCUUGGGAAAAGGAGGCUUGUUCGAGGUAUUUCCAUUAAUAUAUUGGUUAUUUUUCGCUUGGAUGGGUAUAUCUAUUAACGGUAGAGAACCAAUCCAAUCCGAUAUAGGUUGCUUUUCGGAUUGUAUCUUGGUGGAGCUCGGGAGGGCGCGACAUCGGAGCUAGUUACUGAAUAUAUGGAGCGUAAAGGUAUUUCUCCAACUGUUAUAAGGAUUUUCAAAAGUAAAAGAAAAGGUACUGUGGCCAUUCGCGUUAAUGUUAAUAGUAGGGAUUACGAACGGGUUUUGCAAAAUGUUUGGCCGGAGAAUGUGUACGCACGACCAUGGGUAUCACAGGCCAAAUGGCAGGACAAAAAUAAGGAAACUUAGGAUUUUAGACAGUUUUAUCAAGAGCUUCAAUCACAUUACGUUAUGAAUGACGAAAUCCGGAAGGGCAUAGACCUUGCUGUUUUCUAUACAAAUGCUAGAAGUAUAGUUAACAAAGUAAACAAGCUGGACUUGGAAAUAGCUAAUGGUUCUUACAAUAUUAUAGUUUUAACCGAGACGCACCUGGACAGUAGCAUCGGUGAUGCAGAGAUAUUUCCUGAUAAUUAUACGGUGUUUAUGCGUGACAGAAAUAAAAAUGGACGUCAUGGCGGUGGGGUCCUAAUUGCGGUAUUAAACUCGAUCAAUAUCUAUCCCAGAGAUAAUAUUUACUGUAGCUCAGAGCUGAUGUUUGUUGAGAUUGUAUUUUGGAAUAAUCGGAGAACUACGUUAGGAGUUUUCCAUAGGCCACCGGAUUCAAACACCGAACCACUAAUUGAUCUUAGAACUAAUCUGGACAAACUGUCUACGUCUGACCUUGUGCUUUUAGGGGAUUUUAACCUGCCUGAUUUCUCAUAGUCGAACAAUACUGCCUUAAAUAACUCAGAAAAUUAAUGGAUAUAUUCAAUAUUAAUGGAUACCAUUCGAGACAAUUCUCUAACUCAGUUGGUUACUGAACCCACCAGGGAACAUAAUAUACUUGAUCUUGUUCUAUCAACUUCAUCUGAUUGCAUAAAAAAACCUAUCAGUCGGUGAAAAGUUUUCAGACCAUAAUAUUAUUACGUUUUUAUUAACUGAACAACCAUAUGUCCAGCUUAAAUCCAAAAAAUAUGUUUAUUGUUACAAAAAAGCUGAUUGGUUACAACUGAAAUUAACGUUGUCUCAAAUUCCAUGGAACUUAGCAUUACUCAAAGAGAGUAUUGAUGAGAAUUGGAAUUCAUGGAAAGAUCUGUUUUUUGCAGCACUAGAUGAAUGCAUCCCGAAAACAAAAGGGAAAAAAAGACAAAAUGCGCCGUGGAUUAAUAAAGAGCUAAUAUGUCUAUGUAGGAAGAAGAAGCUACUUUAUAAAAAAGCAAAACGGAGCCAAAAUGAAAGUACCUGGAUUCGUUAUCGUCAAAUGAAUAACAAUUUGAAAAGGAAGUGCAAUGAAGCUCGGUGGAGGUAUAUAACCGAUUUAGCUCAAGAUUUGACAAACAACAACAAUCCCAAACCAUUUUGGAACUUUGUGAAAUCCAAGUGUAAAGGAACAAAUAAAUUGAUAUCCCUGAAAGUUGGAGAAUCUGUUUUCACUGACGACCAAGUUAUUGCAGAUAGCAUGAACUCGUAUUUUUCUUCUAUUUUUACGGUUGAAAAUUAUGAUAAUAUCCCAGUGCUUGACUAUAUUGUGGACGAGAGAUUAGAGAAAAUCCGUUGUUCUGUUGACGAAGUAGAAAAGCUUCUUCUAAAUCGUAAGGUAGAGAAGUCCCGGGGACCUGACAAUAUCCCUGCACGUAUUCUAAAGUAUGUGCAACAGAGCCGGCACCUUCAAUCUCACUUUUGCUAAAUAAGUCAUUCUCGAUGGGCAUGCUACCUAUAGAGUGGAAAACUGCCAACAUUACACCGAUUUUUAUAAAAGGUUCGAAGAAUAGUAGAGAAAACUAUCGUCAGAUAUCUCUUACAGGGAUUAUAUGCAAAAUAGGAAAGAAAGUUGUUCGAAGUACAGUUCUUGAUUUCCGGUAUAGAAUGAAUAUUUUGAGUGAGAAUCAGUUUGCCUAUUUGAAAGGCAAGUCAACAGUAACCCAACAACUAUUAACUGUUGAUUGGGUAAGAUCUAGGAACUCCGGCGUGCCCACUGAUGUUAUAUUUCUUGACCUCGCAAAGGCGUUCGAUAGUGUGCCGCACGAAAGAUUGAUUUUGAAGUUAAGAAGUUAUGGUAUCGGGAGUUUAUUGACAUGGUUUAGGCAUUUCAUUACAGGCAGGAAGCAACGUGUUGUAAUUAGAGGGAUGUUUUCGGAAUGGUCAACAGUGUCUUCAGGCACUCCCCAAGGUACAAUACUUGGACCAAUUUUGUUUUUAAUAUACAUUAAUGAUAUAACGGACUGUGUUUUAUCUAAAGCCAAACUGUAUGCCGAUGGCACUAAAAUUUAUAGAGAAAUAAAAGAUCCUGUCUUGGACACGCAUAUUUUGCAAAACGACUUAAACAGUCUCGAUGAAUGGGCACACACAUGGAAAUUAAAACUUAACGUGGAAAAGUGCGAAACUAUGCGGUUAACCCACUCCAAUGAUACGCUAAAAUCAAGUUAUACUUUAGGAACAUCAAUCUUGAAAGAUACAGAAAGCUUUAAAGACCUUGGAGUCACUGUUUCGCGUGACCUAACAUAUAGUAAACAUAUUUGUAUCACAGUUAAUAAAGCAAACAAAAUUCUAGGAACUAUUAAACGAUCAGUUGGUACAGAAAACACGAAUUAGGUUUUCUCGAUGUUAUAUAUUGCUCUUGUCAGACCCACACUUGAAUAUGCUACAUCUGUUUGGAACCCAUAUCUUUUUAAGGGCAUUCAUUCAAAUGAGAAAGUACAAAGACGAGCAUCCAGGCUUGCUUUGCGUCAAAAGAGAGGUGAGAUGUCGUACGAAGAAAGAUGCCAGAUCCUGGGGUGGACAACACUUUCCUUACGGAGGGAUUAUUUAUCAUUACUUGAAUGCUACAAAAUUGUCUUUGGGCUAUGCAAGCUAAACUUCUCGGACUUUUUUAAAUGGUCUAGAGUAAAGUCAACUAGAGCAAAUCACGCGUAUAAACUAUGUGUUAAGGCAAGUAGAGUGAACUGUUACAAAUACUCUUUUUUUGUAAGGACUAUCGGCUUGUGGAACGCUUUGCCAAAAUACGUUUUAGAGGCUAAUAACUUUUCAGCGUUCAAAAAUGCCCUGAAGGACUAUUUAAAGAUCUAAUUUAUUCAUAUACCGUAUUUACUCGAUUGAGCGCCACCCCCGAUUGAGCGCCGCCCCCGAAUGAGCGCCGCAUUUGAGAUCAAAUUUUCUUAAAGAGCGCCGCCCCUGAAUGAGCGCCGCACUAAUUAUUUUCAAAUGCGGCGCUUAUAAUCGAAUCCCUUUCAAUGCGACGAAUUUACGACUUCUGAAGUCGAGGAGGCAUAUCCAACAAUGGUUACGAUGCAACACUUGGACUCAAAUCAUGAAGAGGACAGUGACAUUGAUAUUUUGUAA